UACAAAUUACGUCGACAUUCCUUAAUUCGCUCCAUAGCGUUAUGGAAAAAGGGUUUAUUGGAUUAAUGUGGCAACUCUCUUGCUGUGGAGAGAAAAAUUUGCAUCAGUUUUGAGACGUCAUUGACUAGAAUUUUGUAGACCUGGCAACCCUGGUCAAGAGAUACGGGAAGUAAACAAACUGAUGGAGCUGUCAAAAAAAGAAAACAAGACGUUGCCAGCUUCUUGCAAGUGAUACAGUUGCCAUGACUGCUUGUAUCAUUUUACUUGUCGUACUUUCCGGAACAUCAAGCUAGGGGUACAUUUGACGAAGACACUGAAUAUAAAAGUCAUAUGAAGAACCAUGUCUCACACUCAGUCCGAGACUGUUGGCCCAAUUCAGUGGACCAUGGCGGAGCUACUGGGUCAGAGGAGCCUACUGGGCUUUGGAGCUCUUCUGACAUGGCUGAUUCUCUUCCAUUUACUGGUGAAUGUAUGGCUGCUGUGUGUCUUCACCAGCCUCCUGGUGGUCAUGGGAGGCUGGCUGGGAUCUCAGGCUGUCCUGGACUCCAACAGAGUUGUUCACCUAGAGCGGUUCAUCACAUUGGAAAGGGUCCCUCCUUUGCCUGAGAGUGAGCGGCAGCUAGACCACGAGAUACAGACCACCGUGCGCAAGAUAAUCAGAGACUUUGUGUCCUCCUGGUACUGCAUAGUGUCCUCGGAGCGGCACUUUGAGGUCGAGGUGCAAAGUGCCAUGUACUCCAUGGCGAUGGAGCUGAAGAAUCGGUCAAGAAGAGUGGACAGGAAGGUCCUGACCCAGAGGGUUUUGGACCUGUGUGGCGGCCACCUUCAGAGCUACCUGAGAGCCAAAGAAGUCAUGGCCGAGCUGAAGAGGCAACCGGAUGGAGAGAACAGCCUCUGGAAAGCAUACUCCCGGGUCUGCACACCUCACCCUGCUGUGAAGAGCUCGGCCAUGGAGGUGAACUACGCCAGGGCUAUUGUUGACCUGCUGCUGCAUGUCCUUGUCCCACUGCCUCACCUGGAAACCCGAACGGGAAGGUUUGUGGUCGGAGAGCUCAUCACGUGCAAUGUCCUUCUCCCCUUCAUUACGAAACUAUCGGAUCCAGACUGGCUGAACCUGUUAAUCGUUUCCAUUUUCACCAAGUCAAGUAUGCAAGCCCCCAAAGCCUCAGAACCACCAAAAACACCAUCACUGCCACAUCUCACUGUCUUAGAGCAGGAUCAGCCCCAGCAAGACGUUCAGGUCCCUUGCUCUUUACCCUUAAGGAUCCUAUCAGAAACACCUAACGACACAGAGGCUGCCACACCCGAGUUGGCUGCUUACGAUAUCAUCGACUCGGCAGAAUUGUACUGCCCUCAGAAUAAUAUAGAGGAAGAAGAGCCUCGACAGGCUAGACAGUACAUUGGUAUCUGCCCAAUGGACUACCUGAGACCAGUCAAAUCCAACCCGUUCUACCAAGAGACCGACUCAGACCUGGACUCUCCUCUGACAGAUUUCAAGAGGAGCUCAAUGGAGUCCCUGGUUCUGAUUGGUGCAGAGGAAGCGCUGUCGGACCGGUUUCGAGAGUGUGCCACGCCCACUGACAUCAGCAGCGUCAUGGAUCUGGAAGAUGACCUCCGGGUUUACCCUGGUCUAGCCGAGGUCACUUCCUCCCCCAAAGUCCUGGUCUCUGAACAACAGGAUCACCCCGAAGCCUUCGCUAACGUGUUGUGCACCACGACCGAGGACGUUCCCUCGAGUUUCAGCAGCCUCCAGGACCUGGAGAUGAGGGACAGCGGCACUAGCCCAGAGAGAGAGCUACUGAGCGUAGACCUGGCGGUGGGCUGCCACUCCAACGGGCUAACGGCGUCGGUGAGUGGCCCUCUGCAGACCUCCUCCCCCAUGGCUCCCCUGCCCUCCUUCAGCUUCGAGCCCCUCAGCAGCCCCGAAGGCCCAAUCAUCAUCCAGAACCUUCGAAUCCCCGGGACCAUCACGGCCAAGGAGCACCGUGGCACCGGCUCGCACCCGUACACUCUCUACACGGUCAAGUAUGAAACAGCAAUGGACUCUAAUAUCCCAGGGUCUAUCCAGCCAGUUGCCUAUCACACGGUCAACCGGCGAUAUAGUGAGUUUCUCAACCUACAGACCCGCUUGGAGGAGAAAUCAGACUUGCGAAAACUCAUCAAAAAUGUGAAAGGACCAAAGAAAAUAUUUCCAGACUUGCCGUUUGGUAACAUGGACAGUGACAAAGUUGAGGCCAGGAAAGGGCUGCUCGAGACUUUCCUCAAGCAACUUUGUGCUAUACCCGAAACUGCCAACAGUGAAGAAAUGCAGGAGUUCCUUGCUCUUAAUACAGAUGCAAGAAUUGCCUUUGUCAAGAAGCCGUUCAUCGUAUCACACAUAGACAAGAUUGUGGAUACCUUGAAGACGGCGUUUCCUCGCUCAGAGCUACAGAGCCCUACAGAAGACAUGGACGGAGACUCUGAGGGAAAGCCUUCCUCCGAUAAGAAAAACAAGUCCCGGCUAAGGUUCUCCAGCAAAAUCACCCCAGUCCUUAAUGUGUCUGACAUGAGGCCUAAAGUGCUAUACUGCUUAGAUGAGGGGAGCACAGGGUUUAACGGCCUGUCGGUUGCUGGUCUAGAGGCCUUUAUUAAGGAGCAGGAACUAGCGGUGAUGUGUGACGCAGAGGCUGAGAGGGAAGGCUGUCCAGGCCUCAAAGGAGAAGUUGGAGGCUGUGGGUGCACGCGGAAUAAUUUACCAGGUGCAUCCAUUCAAGACUCUGUGGGGGAGACGGCCCUGGCUGACGUGGCCCUAGACAUCAUGUGUCUGCUAAUGAAGGACCAGUGGAGCUGGCUGUGCACCGACAACAUCCGGAAGACUAUCCGGCUGCUGUUUGGAACCCUCAUUGACAGGUGGCUUGACGUGAGCGUGGCUAACCUGACCUGUACCCAGUACUGGGUGAUCUACCUGCGGGUGCUCCAGGAGGCUGUGUGGCCGGGGGGCAGCCUACCAGCUCAGCCCCGCCCAGAGCGCAGCCACCAACAGAAGGAGGACACCAAGCAGCAGUCUCUGCACUGCCUCAUGAGACUACUGCCAGAUCUUCUCUCAGAUAUGCUGGGCUCAGACAAAUACCAACUAAGCUGGCAGACUGCACUGGAAUCUCUGCAGGACCCUUACAUAAACAGACACCUGGUCUACUGUAUCUGGGACCUUCUCCUCGAGUUCCUCGUCCCUGAAACAUCUGAGGAGCACUUUCAGAAAACCCUGCUGCAAAGUCUGUCCAAAAACGCAGAGAAACUACCACCAUAAAAGCCGUGGGAGAGAUACUCGCGCACACACACACACACACACACGUUUAAUCAACUGUGUCAGUGAAUAGCCCCCGAUGAAAGUCCAGCCUGGCGCAUCUGGAUAAAUUCCAUUAUUCAUGUGUCGCCACCUUCACCGCUGAAACUUUGGAUCCGAGGACAUCCGGGUCUGUCUCCGAUUUAGUCCAUGACGCCUGUGGGUCUCAAACAUCGGCCACACAUCCGGAGCAGCUUUGAUUACCCAGCACCUGUUUUCUGUUUGAUCAGAAUACCUCUCUGAUCUCAAAAAGCCCAACACACCAAACUUCCCAAAUCCACCCUUUUCCUGCUUCCUAAAACCUCCAGCUUUGUACCAAACUAAUUUCAGAUGGACUUCACACCAUCGUUAUCCCUCGUGGUCUUUCUGCAUCCUGUUGGAGCUAGAAGUUUACUAGAAUCGCUAGUGGUUUGGAGAAGUCCAAUUAGAUUUCUUCCCCCACUUUAGGCUUACUGUGUCGUGCUUUGCCCUUUCGGGAUGACUUGCCUUUGUGUUCUCUGUUAUAUGCCCCUAUUCCUUUUGAUACCCUUGGCUCUACACCGAGCAGCACAUGUGCUGUGUUGCAUUAAUACUGUACUCCCUUACUCCUGGGAUCCUCCUGAGGCCUGGCUCGUACUGAUAUGGUCCACUGAUACGUUUCUGUUAAAGUGGUCACUCGCACGUUUUGAACUUGUAUGAUGAAGGCCACUGCACUUUGAAGCUCUUGAUGGCCGCUUUUCCCACGGGCCUGAAAUGGUGGUUUUAAGUGAUAUACUAUACAAGUACAUCCAAUUUUCAGUGGUCUCUGCUAUUUUCUGAAUGUGCAAUCCUACAGGAGGGUGUGAUUUGGUUAAUGACCUAUAAUGUACGGCACAUUUCGAUGUAUAUCAUUGAUAAUUUCUUUGAAAGUAGCAGAGAGCCCUCUCUGGAAAUGUGAUGUGUUUUAAGAGCAUGUUGUUCCAGACAAUAUGUCUAAGCUAAAUCAAAAAAGGUACUUUUGAGAUAUUUAUAAUAAUGUUGUUAAUGUUGAAACAAUUAAUGUGAUUAUUAUUAUUUUUAAAUCUAGACAUACUCCAUAUUUCAGAGCACACUAUAAGGAGGAUAAUGACACCAAGAUGUCUGUACCACAUACUGUUCACAGAUCAUAGGGUCUUAUAGGGUCAAAGGGCCUCAAAAAAGCAUGUGAAACAUCCUUCCUCUCAAUUAAGUUUUUAUGUGAGAAUUGGCAGAACAAUCUGAGAUGACCCAAAUAUUUUUGGAUGUUGCUGGUGUGCAAUCGCCUAACUUAUGUCUGUGAAACUGGCACAAAGACUUCUCAACAUUGGCAUUCCGUGACACAAGAUGUUCACCGUGUUUGACAUUCCUCACUCUUACUGAUGCUUAUUAUUGCCUUUAUAUGUGUACAGUAGGUCUGACGCCAGGUGAAGCUCAUGCAGGCAGCAUAGUAGCGUACGUCUGAUGUCAGAGGUCCAAUGUGUCCUACACAAUCCGUUGCACUCUCAUCUUUGUCUUAAAAUAACAUAAUAUUGCAGUCAUUCUUUAUUUCUGUAUUCUUGUUAACGUGAUUGAUUUAUUUGAUUGUGUUUAACUUGCUUGUUCGAUUUGUAAUGUGAAAAUGUGUAUUGCUCAAAAAGAUUGACCAGGGAUACCAGUGGUACCGAAGAGAAUUAAUACCUGUAGGAAAUGCUUUUAAAUUGCCUUAAACAUGGCUGGAAGAGGUCUCGUCUGUCUUUACUAUGUAGUCUGUGGACAUGCCUUUUGUACAUCGUGUCACAAAGUAGUAGCAAACCCCAGUGACAAGGUGUGUUCUGAUGUGCUGAAUGUUGUGUACUGUGAUGUUUAUUCCCUCCUGAACACGUUCCUAGCUGUUACCUCUGUUCCUGUUGAAUCCUUUGUGAUGAACAUUAGGGGUAGCUUGCGUUUUGCAAGACAGUUGUCCUGUCCUCAAAUGUAUCACGUCACAUGAAAUGUUCAUGUUCAACACAAAACUAAUUUGACAAACUUGUGAGUGCCGUUUUCACAUGGAACACAUUGCAAAUCUGUCAGUUUGUUACGUGGCUUUUUUUGCUAGUUGUUUGAGUACUGAACAAAAACAAGUUUGUCAAAUUAUCUUAUGUACUCUGUAUGGUGCCAUUAUAGACACAAUCAUUUGUUUACCCCAUGAUAAAAACAAGUUAUCAGUGAUUAAUUAACUUACAGAAGUGGUAUUGUUAGGCAUUUAUUUGAUUUCUCGUCAGAAGGGUUCUGCACGCAAUGGCUGCUAGCUGCUAUUCCACUGAAGUCUCGCCAUUUCUCCCUAACUUCCCUUUUGUCAACACCUCAUGUCGUUCUCAAUCGUCUUUCCUCAAUUCCUCUUGUCCUAUCACCUUGCCUCCUUCUCAAAACACAUUGGAGGAGAAGGUCUGAGGGGAGGGAAUUGAGAAAAUACAAUUUAUCACUUAAUUACAUGUCUGAUUUGACAUUACAAUCCCAAUUCAGUUUACACCAGUGAAGGCUUUUUGAGUGUGGAAUUGUACAUAUUAAUGCUUUGAAUGUGACUCUAUGUAACUCUGUCAGUGUGUUAUAACUGGACUCCAUCACAAGGUUUUACAUUAGCUGGUGUUGAUCAUUUCCAAAACCAAUAAAAUGACCUAAAGUGUAUACCAUUUGUUGUUCAAUAUCAAACGAGGCAAAAAAAUAAAUAAAUUGAU